AUGGCCAAUGGAAGCCAUUUUCUGGGUGGUACUAUUACUUGGCAACUACAGAAUAAAUCGGCUACUGGUACACCUGUGGCUGUUCUCAUAACUCAGACAUAUUCAUGGACAUAUACAUCUGCCAUAUGCACAAGUACUAUGAUUGCGACUAAUCAACUUAUUCCCAUUUCAGUAGGAUCACUUACUUGCUCGCCGAUUUGCCCAGUUGGUUUUGGAACUGUGUCCGCUACACCACAUUGUACCGAUAUUUCGGUGAUAAACGGCAUCACUGUUGGACAACGUUUAGAUACAGUUCAUAUUCCAACAGGCAGCAACUUUUCAAUAGCUUUUGCAGGUGGUGCAUGGGGUUCUCUAACAUCAGGCGGAAGCAGUUGGUCCAUUACAUCGCAUGUCAAUCUAGUACUAAGAACUAAUAAUGGCAAAUAUAACAGUGCUCCAGUUUCUACCAUGAUGUCUCCAAUCAAUAUUAUAUUGAAUGAAAGUACAAUUAUCACUGUACCAUUGAGUGAUGCUGAUGGAGAUGUUUUGCGUUGUCGUUGGGCAACAUCAUCGAAUGGUGUUGAUGAAUGUGCAAGCGUUUGUCCCCCAAGUUCAUUGCCAUCAAAUACAACUAUCUAUUCAAACUGUACCAUUGUAAUUACUGGUAGCACAGUUGGCAAUAAGUUUGCUGUGGGACUUAUGGUAGAAGAUUUUAUCAAUUCAACCAGUAACGUACCAUUAAGUUCAGUACCCGUCCAAUUUAUUGUGAAAGUCAUUGCUCCACUAUCAUGUAUCUAUCAACCUAAGUUGAUCCUUCUUACAGAAUCAUGCACACCAAUCAAAGUCAAUGAAACAUUUACAUCAACAUUAUUGGCAAUCAACAAUUGUGGAGCAACUGUCACUAUUACUGAUAUUUCUACACUGUCUUUUUCUGGUAUGGUACAGACUUCUGUCAUAAAGUUUAAUUCGAGCGUUUUCUAUAAAAAUUUAACAUGGACACCAACAAUAAAUCAAGUUGGCUAUCAACCAAAGUUCAGUCUUCACAAUACUGUUUUACAUUCUAUGUCACAGAAAAUGGUGAGAAUACAUGUUCUGGGGUUACACACAUUGCAAAAACAACGACAACAACAACAUCCAUAA